AUGAAUCACAAUCAUCUCAGAAAGCGCCGGGUCCCCGGCCCCGAAGACGACUCUUCAAUAGUGCCGGGACAUCACAGCUCUUCGCCUUCUCCAUAUGCCAAUAUACACUUCUCUACCCUUCACCCCGAGACCCAAAUCCUGAUCAACCAAGUCGCGGAACUAUACAACAUUCCUGGUUUCCGGCUUCACCAAAUCCUUUCCAACACCUCGCAAAUAGAAAACGCUCACAAGAGACAACGGCUUGUAUCAGGCUACUCCAUGUCUUCUCAGUACGCAGGAGGCUCUCUUCCUGAGGACUAUGAAGAGAAGGCUCCACACAUUGGGCAGCAUGGCCUUGCCAACGUCGAACUAGAUCGUUCUUCAGGGUUUCCAGGUCCUGUCGUCAAUGGAUUAACACAGGGGAUGCAGACGCUGGCAUUGGCGUUCUGCCAAAACUGUUGGAGCACCUGUGCUGUUACCAAUGAUGGUUAUCAGCCCCUUCCUGGGUCAGAGGUUGCUACUUAUGACUAUGGAACCAACAGUAACAGACCCUAUGAGGUUGAGAAACCCCCUUCAGCGCAAGUUUCUCAACCAGACGUCUACGUCCCUCCUCCAGUUGUCUCUAACACCCAAAAUCCAUUUCCGGCCGGAGACAGCAAUUUGCUGGGCUCCUAUGUGUCCAGCUAUCAACCUGUACAUGAGGACCCUAAUCAGACAUUGGUGGCCCAACACUCCGGACCUGACACCGGUGUCUACGUGACUGGGGUAUCGGCACCGUCCUUCUAUUCCACAACACUCAGUGGUCAUGUUGGUGGUGAACCCAGUUACUCGAACGCAAACACCCUUGAUCGUCGUCUGACUUCGAGGGAGACUCUGCCGCCUACAUACGGCGGCAACAUGAUGGAUAUGGUCAUAUCUCCAGCGUUACAAACUCCCACAUCUGUGCCUGUUACGACUGCCAGAUUUACUAUGGACUCAACAUACCCCAUGUCCUGUGUCAAGACUGAGGACAUGGACGGGCCUAUUGCCAACACUCACGCCAACGCUAGUCUUGAUGUUGUUUUCCCCAAUCAGCGCCCACCAGCCGCAAAGCGUGGCCCUUUCAAGGACCAAAAGGCUCGGGAGGAGACAGCAGCAACAAGGAAGAACGGUUCCUGCAUUCGAUGCAAGAUGCAGCGAGUGAGAUGUAAGACUGAUCCAGAUGAUCCGAAAGGGCCGUGUCUGGGCUGCAAGCCAAGAUCGAACAACAAUCAUCACAAACAACUUAUCCGCCAGCCCUGUGUACGCCACAAAAUCACGGAAUGCCAUUUCUUCAAAAAGGGUCAAGCACCUGGUUUCGAGUGGACCCAGCGUUUCAACAACGGCAUUGUAGACAACAUCAAUAACUGGGCGUCGAAUGAAGUGAGGAUUGUGCGCUUGUGGGAGGGUUACACGCCCAGCAGUAUGUGGGUUCAGCUCUCUGUUCGAGAAUUCGUCCCACAACCGGGCGACAAGCUGGAACGGACUUGGGUUACCGAAGAAGGUGAAAAGAAGUCUGUGGCGAUUCCCACGUAUGCCAUCACGAACCUGGACGACGCGCAGACGGCGUAUGAAGAUUAUAUCAAGAGAGGCGUCGUUGAAUGCUUCAACUCGGUCGUGGAGAGUGUGAUGGGUGUCAGGGAUCGACUGCUCUUCGAGACCUACCUCAAAGCUUGGAAACUCUCGCAGGAUCCUUCAACGGCUCAAGAUGAGAAGGACCUUCUGCUUCAGACGCUGGAAUUGUGGAUGGCGGUCCGCUUGACGACGAAGUCAAUAGAAAUUGUUGGGGACGACACGCUCGGAAUGACACGCGAUAUUCUGGACAGCAGCAGCCCGCAGCACGGACGCAUCCCCCUUCCGCCGGUGAUGGGAGCUCAAUUGGAUUUGGUCCUCAUCCAGCAUAUACAGACGAGACUUCGACGAGAAAUGCUGGAAAAGCUCCAAAAGAUGACGCUGCAGAAUAAGCAGAAGACUUGGUUGACCACCUACCUGGUGACGUUUAUGUUGCUGCACAACAUCGCUCUUGUGACGGAUCACGAUGCUUCAUACGCCAGGAAGCAUGGUAUGAAGACAAAAUUCGCAAGGCAGACAGAUGUCCAGGAAUACCAUAUGGGAGGAACGAUUCUCCUCGCGUAUUUCCACUACUGCAACAAGGGAAUCUACCCAUUCUCCGAGGAUUGCAGAGACCAGGACUUGCGGACGCUGGCCCAGCUGGACGACGACGCGGUGCAGUUUAUCCACUACACGCGCGCAAUGGCAAUGCAAAACAAACGCGAAUGGGAAGAGGUUCAACGAGCCAACCAGUACGAGCAGCCAUACUUCUUCGUCAGCCAGCUCUUCCAGCGAGACUGGCAGCCCCAAACCUGGGCAUAUUAA